AUGGAGCUGAGCCUGGAGGGCCUGGGGGGCCUGCACGGCGUGGCCCACGCGCAGGCGGGCGAGCUGCUGAGUCCUGGCCACGCGCGCUCGGCGGCGGCACAGCACCGCGGCCUGGUGGCGCCGGGGCGCCCCGGUCUGGUGGCCGGCAUGGCCAGCUUGCUGGACGGUGGCGGCGGAGGGGGCGCCGGGGGCGCGGGCGGUGCGGGCGGCGGCGCUGAUUUCCGCGGGGAGCUGGCCAGUCCGUUGCACCCGGCCAUGGGCAUGGCCUGCGAGGCGCCCGGCUUGGGCGGCACCUACACGACGCUCACGCCCCUGCAGCACCUGCCACCGCUCGCGGCCGUGGCUGACAAGUUCCACCAGCACGCGGCGGCAGCGGCCGUAGCCGGGGCGCACGGCGGCCACCCGCACGCGCAUCCGCACCCCGCAGCCGCACCGCCCCCGCCGCCCCCGCCACAGCGCCUGGCGGCCAGCGUGAGCGGCAGCUUCACCCUCAUGCGCGACGAGCGUGCCGCGCUGGCCUCCGUGGGCCACCUUUACGGGCCCUACGGCAAGGAGCUGCAGGCCAUGGGGUCACCGCUAUCGCCAUUACCCAACGCGCUGCCGCCCUCACUGCACGGCGCUCCGCAGCCGCCGCCACCACCACCCCCGCCGCUGGCCGCCUACGGCGCGCCUGGCCACCUGGCCGGGGACAAGCUCUUGCCACCCGCCGCCUUCGAGCCGCACGCCGCGCUACUGGGGCGCCGCAUCACGGCGGAGCUGAAGCGCUACAGCAUCCCGCAGGCCAUCUUCGCGCAGCGCAUCCUGUGCAGAUCACAGGGCACGCUCUCCGACCUGCUACGCAACCCCAAGCCCUGGAGCAAGCUCAAGUCUGGCCGCGAGACCUUCCGCAGGAUGUGGAAGUGGCUGCAGGAGCCGGAGUUCCAGCGCAUGUCGGCGCUGCGCCUCGCAGCCUGCAAGCGCAAGGAGCAGGAGCAACAGAAGGAGCGCGCGCUGCAGCCCAAGAAGCAGCGCCUGGUGUUCACCGACCUGCAGCGGCGCACGCUCAUCGCCAUCUUCAAGGAGAACAAGCGGCCGUCCAAAGAGAUGCAGGUCACCAUAUCGCAACAGCUCGGUCUGGAGCUCAACACCGUCAGCAACUUCUUCAUGAACGCGCGGCGCCGCUGCAUGAACCGCUGGGCCGAGGAGCCCGGCGCCGCCCCUGGGGGACCGGCUGGAGCUGCCGCCACCUUCUCCAAGGCCUGA